GAACUGGCUCUCACUUAGAAAGAAUGCAGCCUGCUGUCCAGCCCGGUGACGUCAGCGCUGGAGUAUUUGGAAAACAAAGAGGUCUGGGGAGGGAGGCGGACCCGCGAUGCUUAAAGACCUCUCGCGGUUGUGGGUUUUGCUUUCCCGGGGCACUCGGGCAGUCGUCGUUGCUAGUGGUCCGCCUCGGGUCGAGCAGGAGUCCUGGCCUGGCUAACUUAGCUUUGGCUCCUUUUGCUAGAGGGAACCCAGGCCAAGACCAGAAACGCGUGUUUGCUUAGGAAGGUAGUUUUCCGUGUGCAGAGCUCCAGAGCAGGCCAGGUGCAACGCCCGGGUGCUCUAGGACCAGGUGCCUGCUGGCCAUUGUCUAGGCAAGAGUGUGCAAGCCAGAGAAGCAUGAGGACACUGGAAGACUCCUCAGGGACAGUCCUGCACCGCCUCAUCCAGGAGCAGCUGCGCUACGGCAACCUGACAGAGACCCGCACACUCCUGGCCAUCCAGCAACAGGCCCUGAGGGGUGGGGCUGGAGCUGGGGGCACAGGGAGCCCCCAGGCCUCCCUGGAGAUUGGAGCACCUGAGGACAGUCAGGUGCUACAGCAGGCCACCAGGCAGGAGCCCCAGGGCCAGGAGCAUCAAGGUGGAGAGACCCAUCUGGCAGAGAACAGGCUGUACCGGCUGUGCCCACAGCCCAGCAAGGGAGAAGAGCUGCCCACCUAUGAGGAGGCUAAAGCCUACUCCCAGUACUACGCAGCGCAGCAGGCAGGACCCCGGCCCCAUGUUGGGGACCGAGAUCCUAGAGGGGCAUCAGGAGGCAGCCGGCGGCAGGAUGAGGCUCUGCGUGAGUUGAGGCACGGCCAUGUACGCUCCUUGAGUGAACGACUUCUGCAGUUGUCCCUGGAAAGAAAUGGUGCUCGGGCCCCCAGCCACAUGAGCUCUUCACACAGCUUCCCUCAGCUGGCCCGCAGCCAGCAGGGUCCCCAACCCCGAGGACCCCCAUCUGAGGGCCCCGAGCCCCGUGGGCCCCCACCUCAGUACCCACACGCUGCACUGGCUCAUGAGACUGCGGCUGUUGCUGACCCACGAUACCGUCUUCGAAGCAGCCCACACUUUCAGCACGCGGAAGUCAGGAUCCUCCAGGCCCAGGUACCCCCAGUGUUCCUCCAGCAGCAGCAGUACCAGUACUUACAGCAGCCCCAGGAGCACUCCCCACCCCUUCAUCCAGCCGCUCUAAGCCAUGGUCCCCCAAGCUCCUUCAGUCCACCUGCAGUGGAGGGACCAGCAAGUUCCCAGGCCACCGCGAGCAGUGCCCACCUGGUGCAGAUGGAGACAGUACUGAGGGAGAACGCCAGGCUGCAGAGGGACAAUGAGAGGUUGCAGAGAGAGUUGGAGAGCUCUGCCGAGAAGGCCAGCCGCAUAGAGAAGCUGGAAAGUGAAAUUCAGCGGCUCUCUGAGGCCCACGAGAGCCUGAUGAGGACCUCUUCCAAGCGUGAGGCCCUGGAGAAGACGAUGAGGAACAAGAUGGAUAGCGAGAUGAGGCGGUUGCAGGACUUCAACCGCGAUCUUAGAGAGAGAUUGGAAUCUGCAAAUCGACACCUGGCAAGCAAGACACAGGAAGCCCAGGCGGGCAGUCAGGACAUGGUGGCCAAGCUGCUUGCUCAGAACUAUGAGCAGCAGCAGGAACAGGAGAAACUGGAGCGGGAGAUGGCACUGCUGCGUGGCGCCAUCGAGGACCAGCGGCGACGUGCUGAACUGCUGGAGCAGGCUCUGGGCAAUGCACAAAGCCGGGCUGCUCGGGCUGAGGAGGAGCUACGCAAGAAGCAGGCCUAUGUGGAGAAGGUGGAACGGCUGCAGCAGGCACUGGGACAGUUGCAGGCUGCCUGUGAGAAGCGGGAGCAGCUGGAGCUGCGUCUGCGCACGCGCCUGGAGCAGGAACUCAAAGCCCUUCGUGCGCAACAGAGGCAGGCAGGCACCCUCCCUGGUGGUGGUGGCAGCAAUGGUGGGUCUGCUGAGCUCAGUGCCCUGCGACUGUCAGAGCAACUGAGAGAGAAGGAAGAACAGAUCCUGGCUCUAGAGGCUGACAUGACCAAGUGGGAACAAAAGUAUCUGGAGGAACGGGCCAUGCGGCAGUUUGCCAUGGAUGCCGCUGCCACCGCGGCUGCGCAGCGUGACUCCACUCUCAUCAGACACUCCCCACAGCCCUCGCCCAGCAGCAGUUUCAACGAAGGCCUGCUGGCAGGCAACCACAGGCACCAAGAGAUGGAGAGCAGGUUAAAGGUGCUCCAUGCCCAGAUCCUAGAGAAGGAUGCAGUGAUCAAGGUCCUUCAGCAGCGCUCCAGGAAAGACCCUGGCAAGGCUACCCAAGGCACCCUGCGGCCUGCCAAAUCUGUGCCGUCCAUCUUCGCGGCUGCAGUGGGAGUCCAGGGCUGGCAAGGGCUCUCAUCCAGCGAGCGGCAAACCGAUGCACCUGCCCGACCGACAGUAGACCGGGUACCAGCAGAGGAGCCCCCAGCCACAGCUCCUCUUCUCCCGACCCACACCAAACACGGGAGCAGAGAUGGGAGCACCCAGACCGAUGGCCCUGCAGAAGGCACCUCUGCCUGCUUAGCCUCAGAAGCCGAGAGCCUCCUGGGGUGCAGCAGUAGCCAAAGGACAGCCUCUCUGGACUCUGUGGCUGCAACCAAAGUUCAGGACCUGUCAGACAUGGUGGAAAUACUGAUCUGAAGGAAAGAGGUGAGGCCUUGGGGACCCUGACUCCUGGCCUCCCCCUGGCCUUCCAGCCGUCUUCAAGGGCUGCACCUCACUUUCUCCAACCAUACACGGUGUGGUGCAUAACGCUCAGACACUAGCACUACCGGGGACCUAGGAAAAUCUGCACCCCCAGAAGACUGCUUCUUGGCCCAUAUUCCUCUCAUGCCCAUGGGGAAGGAAGAGCCAGAUUUCCCCUGCUGCCCAAGGUCUAUUGCUGGAGCAGAAAGGAGCUGAGCCCCGUCCGUCCUGCCCAGUUGAAUUCAGGCAUGAAAGGAAAGGGGAGUAGAUUCUGAUUCCCAAGAAUGGCUGGGUACAUCCGGUGGUCUGCUGGGGUAACCAGGCCAGCCCUGGUGUACGUGGUUAAGCACGCUCCCAGCCAACCCCCUCUGCUCUUCACUUUCUCACUGUCUUCUUCGGAUUGCUAAGACUAGACUCUUUGGGGGAGCUACUAGGAGUGUGAGUCUUUUGGGAGCCACCAUCGCGCCUCUCACUUCGAAUAGGUUAGGGGCCAUUUGAGGGGCCUGCAGAACAUUGUGUUUUGUACAUAAUUCUCCCUCCUUGGGAACAGAAGACUAAGCAUGCUGGUUCAGAUUCUCCUUCCAGGGCUGUGCUGCCUGGCCCUGCUGCCACAGUUCUUGAAACAUCUGACAGGUCUACCAGACGUUUCUCUGCCUCCAGUUCUUGGCCAUGGAGUUUGAUACUGGUUGCCUUUCCUCCAUUUUAAACCCCUGUGCUGAAUGCCUGUGGGGAUCUUGUCACCAGCCUUUCUGAAUGGCUCCACAGCUCCUGUCCCUGCGACAUCCUGUCCGUCGGUUAUAAACUGAGCCAGAUGCAAUGAGCCGCCACGUAUGGUCACCUGUCAUGCCCAACACCAGGUUCUCUUUGAAGAAACUGGAGAAGUUGUUCUCUAAAACGCGUUAGUUCCCACUGGCAGGGACUGGGAGAGGAAGCUGUGCUGUUGAAAAGACAAAAGUCCUCGGUGUGUUGUGUCCCAUCACAAAAUGGCACCCACGAGGCUGGCUCCUCGAGUUUCUGGUGCCCCAGCCCCAAAGCAGGGCCAGCUACCCGGAACUGGGUGAAGCAUCCCACUUGGCAGCCUACCAGCAGCAGUGACUGUGACUUUGACUUUGGUCUUAAAGUAACCCCCAUCCGGCUCAGAACGCGCGCCAUGGGUGGACUUCAGAGCUUUUGUGUUUCCUCCUUGAACCUUUGGUUGUUUUGUUUGUUUUCCUUUCACUGUUUUCAAGUUCUGUUUGUUGUUUCAUUCCCAUGGUUCUCUGAGUUUCCUUUUUAAACAUUUGCAUUUGCUGGGCAAUUGCAUAUUUUUUUAAUCCCCCUACCCCUAUGUAAAUGCUGAAAAAUACAUCUGGUUCAUGUGCAUUGUUUACAAAGAUAAAAGUUAAAAAAAAAAAGAGGAGGGGAGAAAAGGCAAAAAAAAAUUGUGAAAGUUAAAAAAAACAUCUUAAUAUAUUUUGGAUUAAUAUUUGGUAUUUCUUUUUAAAGUAUUUUUUGUUGCUGUGAACAUUUUCUGCCAAAGACCAUGACGUGUGUCUGUGUGUUUUAAGUUAUCAUGAAUAUUUAAAGUGUAAACAUGGCUGUUUUGUUACGCCACCCUGUACCAGGAUUGCUGCUGCAGUCCACUGGGUAUGACAGUAUUUUAAUAAAAAAAACUUAU